AUGAAGUCCUCGGCAGCCCUCUCUCUGCUCUUCCUCCUCCCUAGCAUUCGUGCCGCCGCUGUCCCCCAGCUCAUUGGCUCUGAGCUCGAAAGCACCUCUAGCUCUCUCAAACGAGACACCUCAGGCAACCUCGUCCCUCGCUCUCCCCAACCUGGACCCUCCGAACCAGAAAUCCAAGGCAGCAAACGUGAAACACUCCCGGAGGCCGCUGCCUCCCUGACCGAUGACCCAUCGCUCGGCGUUUCCUUGAAUCUCAAACGCGACCUCUCAGCCCGCAGCCCUCAAGGUCCAGCCUCCAAUCCUGGCGAAUUCAUCGACGUCGGUCUCUCCCGUGUGAAUCCUGCUAACCACCACUCCCCUGCAGACUCUUCCUCGUCUUCGUCUCCUGCGGACAAUGGCUCAGAGGGGUUUGACCCUAGGCUUAUCGACGGAGCCUCGAAAAUUUCUCAUGACGAGUCUCGCGAAAUGCAUCAUAUGAUGGAAGAGGACGAAAAAAUGGAACACCAUCGCCACCACAAUGGCACACGCGACCACAAUCGGAAUGGCACGCAUCACGAAGAUAGAAAAGAUGGCAUUUUAGCCGAGUUCAAUGCUCAUGGCGAGCACAUCGUCGUCUACAAUGGCACGCACUACCCCAACGGGACGAACUAUAGCCCUGCGAAUGAGACCAUGGACGGGGGCAAGAUGUUAGAAAAAGUUGUCGUCGAUGGCGAUGAGGUUGUCGUCUACCGCCAGCCAUGGAACAGUACCCAUUAUCUCCAUCACCACAACCAUACUGAGGGACCGAUGCCUACUGCUACUGGAGUAUGGCUUCCUUCGGGAACAGGAUGGAUUCCUAGUGGGACGGGAAGGCCGCGCCAUCAUAGGAAGGUGCCGAGUGCUGCCUACGCUGGAUUCAGGGGCCCAAUGGCGAAGAGAGAUGGCAGGGUCAGCAAGGACGAUGAAUACUCUGCAGGAGGAGUCAAACAUUCGAUCUUCCACCGACAAGAGAUGCUUUUUCUCGAAUUGAAGCAACGGCGGUCCUCGAACUUCGCUCAUCUCGCCCUAGAUACACUCUUGAGGAGCCUUGUCGCGAGCUCAAACGCCAAGGAGCAAGAUGAAAUUGUGAAAAGCCCGAGUGCUACACGCGUAGCACAUCCAGCCAUAGGAUCCAUCAACCAAAAUCACAAUGCCGUCAGCAAGCGAUCCGUACCCGUUGGCACACCCACACAGCUUCCCAAGAGAUCCUCCGACGUUGCCAUGUCAUGGACUCAGGCCGUCCAAGGUGGCUCGGCUUUGCUUCGUCAAAUGACCGACGGUGGUCCGCAGAGCGAGUUUCGGUCCUACGCAGACCUCGCGGAUAGUGGCUGGAGCAGUUUUCCCACUGACGGGGCGACGGAUACGGAUCUCGAACCUGCGCUGACCGCGUUGGGGGCGGCGGAGGGCACCUAUGUGAACAUGAUGCAACAAGACGAUUUCAAACUCCCUGGAUCGAACAUUGAACAUCCACCUACCUACGCGCAAUACCAGCAAUACUACAACCCCACCCACGGCCUCAUCAUCGCCGAAUUCAACUCCAGCCCCCAAAGGACGCACAAGGGCCCCGGGACCGUCCACCCCGCCCUCAACAGAUGGUCCGACGUCGUCUACCUCGUCUGGGCCGACCUCUGCCGCGACGAGCCCGACGCCGUGAAGAACAUCCGAUGCUUCUUCAGACACCACAUCAGGACCGACUCUCCGACCGUGGGCGUCAUCGACGAAGCCGUCGGCGGAGCGGGCAAGCUGAGUCCCUGGCCCGGGGUGAGGUUCGGCACGGAUACGGAGCGGGGGAAGGCGCUGCUGGGCACGGCGCAUGGCAAAGUACAAUCCAAUGCAUUCGCAAUACGAACGCUCUCCUCAACCACCAAGCCCUCAGAUGACCUUGAAGCUCUCCUUGCCAAACCCUCAUGGUCCGUAAAAACGCUUUUCACUCCUCCAAACUCAGCCACCACCCCUACGCCACAGAUCACCCAGAAACAACUGCACCACCUGCUCCGCCUCUCCGCCCUCCCUCUCCCCACGUCCAUAGCUGAGGAAAGCCGCAUGAUAUCCGAUCUCCAAUCGCAACUCCAGUUCGUGAAAGCCAUACAAGAAGUCGAUACGGAGGGCGUGGAGCCAUUGGUUGCGCUACGGGAUGAGACUGAGGAAGGCGAAAGGGAGAGAACGAUUGGGUUGGAGGAAAUGAGGGGGGAGUUGGAGAAGGAAGAGGUGGUGGGGAUGAGGGGAAGGAUUGUGAGAAGGAAGGCUGCAGAGGCGAAGGGGGAGAGUGGCAGAGAGGGGGGUGAAGGUUUGGAUCUGCUGGCUCAGGCUCCACAGAGAUUGGGGCGGUAUGUUGUGGUUGACACUGCGAAAGACUGA